UUCAAUUUAGAAACCUUACAAUCCCCAGUCUUUUACACUUUAACUCAGACUCUUGCAGCUUAGAGUCAGCUUGGAAAUUUUACCUUUACAGUGCAACAGGUGAGUCUUCCUAGAGUAAACUUGAAGGGCAGCAUCUAUCACAGGCAUGCACGCGCACACACGUGCAACACAGGUUGGGGGCUCAGGUGAGGGCUGUCUCUUGUUGAGCCCCAUGAGGCGAUGCAGCUACUGGAGUGAAGGCCGUGCAGGAUUUCUUUACUCACAGAAGUGCUCUUACACCAGGGUCUCAACCCCAGCUGCCCCUAAGAGUCACCUGGGGAGUUUCCCCAGCUCUCCUAGACUGUAAGGGUUUCUGAGGGCCUGACAGAUGCCGUAUGUCAGCACAUGUAUAUUUUUUGUUUGGGGGUUUAUUUCUUCAUAUUUGUUUUUAAUCCCGUUAACAUUAAAGCGCCUGAGGCAGAGGCACAAACAUUAAAGCGCCCAAGGCAGAGGCAAGAGGUGUUUUGCACUCUACGUGAGCCUCAGUUCGCCAUGGGGUUGGCGCACUGUGCUGCUGUUUCACUAUCAAUGCUCUUUGUAAGCUGCAGAUCCAGGCAGGUGUAGGUGAGUUUUAGUUCUUCCUCGAGGAAAUUUGAAUCAACGUUCUUCCCUCCCUUGAGGGCCUCUCUGAACAGCCUUCCGAUGGGCCUGUGAACACACAGUGCACACACACACAUGCGGGAACAGGUGCACACCUGGACUUCUGAGGGUGCUUUUCUGGAAUCAGCAGUAGCGUCUUUGCUAGCUUUGGGCACUUACUUCCAGAAUCUUGCACGUUUUGAGGAAAGAGCCCUUCCCAGUUAACCUGGGUGGGAAGCAAGGUCGUUGGAGCAGUUGGUUGUUUCUGUUGGGUGGGGGCUUUGGGGACCUCACUCCUUUUGGUCACUAAAGGAACUGGUUUCUCCAAAUGCAGUGCUGGAGAAUGCCCUUACUGGUUGUAGGUGUAGGGCUUUGGCUCAUGCCAAAACAGAAGGAGAAAAGCAAGUGAAAGCUUUGCAAGCUCUGGGAUGAUCUCCUGAGGCUUUUUAACAGGCCAGUGAAUAGGUUGCCUCCGGAGCGGGGUCAGCAGGGGACUGAAGCGAAGUCCAGGAGAUGAGCCCACAGUGGCUAGGAACAGGCUCAGAAGUGGCUUCUCCUCUCUGGUGGGUGAUCAGAUAUCACCUGCUUUCUGACCUGUGUUCUAGGGUUGGCUGGGUUGGAGGGGAUGCCACAAGAUAAGGUCAAGGGAAAGACAGGCUCCCCUCCCCCGUGAUCUCUCACUGCUUUAUGAACCUUUGUGGCGAGCAUAGUUCUCUUCCUCUUACCUUGCUUUGGGAUGGUAGAGCAAGUUCAUCAAUAUGGGCUCAUUGGCCCAUUUGGUCAUACAAAGAGCCCUUGGUGGAGUGAUGAAGGGGACUUGGGUCAGGUGAUGUUAUCGCAGAGGGCUUUACCAGGAAGUCAUGAUGAGAAACUUUGGUUCUUACCUGAGAGACCUGUUGGUCACAGGUUAGUGUCCAGGAGGAAUCUACUUAUGUGGCCUCUGCAGAGGAUGUCAGGUGAAGGGAGGCACAGCUGGGAAGACAUCCUCUUCCCUGUUUUCCUUUUCUAGUUUGAUCCCCAGAUUGGGUAGACUAGGAAUGACCAAGGAAGCCUCUGUGUAUGGUAGGCAGCCAGGGUCCCCAGCCCCAGGUGUCUCCAGGGGCCCUGGGCCUCAUUUGGGUGGAAGCCCCUCACUCGGCUUGGGGAAUUUGGAGCAGGUGUUGGCUGCUGGGUGUUCUCUCCCUGCUGAUUGUGAGACUGAGCUCCUCUGGCUUUGGAGGGUCUCGGGUCCCCCAGACUCUCUGCCUGGAACCCUCCAGCUUACACCUGAAAGCCGCCAUUGGGAAUCCGCCUGCUGCGGGAGCUCCCUGGCCAUCCCAUGUUGCCAGGGUGGAGCUCAGUGGUAAGUACUGCUUGGGCCCCACGCCUGGGCUUAGGAGGGUGUGGUGGUGUCUUCCAGAUCGUAGCAAAGCCGAGAUGGACCUGAAGGAGCUGAGUGAGUCCGUGCAGCAGCAGUCCACCCCGGCGCCCCUCAUCUCCCCCAAGCGGCAGAUCCAUAGCAGGUUCCAACUGAAUCUCGACAAGACCAUAGAGAGCUGCAAAGCACAGUUAGGCAUCAAUGAAAUCUCGGAGGACGUGUACACGGCCGUGGAGCGCAGCGACUCGGGGGAUUCUGAGAAUUCAGAGAGUAGCGACAGUGAGUACCUCAGUGACGAUGAGCACAAGUCCAAGAAUGAGCCCGAAGACGCAGAGGACAAGGAUGGUAGCGCGCUGGAAAAAGAGCCACCCGCUGCCAAAAAAAAGCCCAAGCCCGCUAAUCCCACAGAGAUCCCUGAGGAGCUGAAAAGCGCAUCUCCAUUUGGUGAGAAGGCAGAGCCUGCAGCCACAAAGGCCAGCCCCGAGCCCCAGCCCGAGAGGGACCCUGCCGAGAGAGGAAAGCCAUCCCUGCAUCCCGCCAAGGACAAACUGAAGGGCAAAGAUGAGAUGGAUUCCCCAACCAUGCACUUGGGACUGGACUCGGAUUCAGAGAGUGAACUUGUCAUAGACUUGGGAGACGACCAUCCUGGUCCAGAGGUUUGGAAAAAUAAGAAGGAACCCAAAGAGCCACCUUCCAAGCAGGAUGUCAUCGGUAAAGCGAUGCCGUUCAUGACUUCGGGCAGCCGGUCUCCCCCCCAAAUGCCAGUGCCCACCCGCUCCUCCUCCCAAACCAUUGUGGCCAUUAUCCUGGCCACCACCAGCACAACGUCCACCAUCACAGUCACCAGGCCGGCCCCUGCUGUCACAGAAAGCCCAGUGAAAAAGCAGAGGCCGCUCUUACCGAAGGAGACUGCCCUGGCCAUGCAUCGGGUCAUGUGCAACUCAUCAACUGUCCAGCAGAAGAAGGUCACACAGAGCCCGUCCACGUCCACCAUCACUCUGGUGACCAGCACACAGACAUCCCCCCUGAUCAGCAGCUCAGGCUGCACAAGCACCCUCACGUCGUCAGUCAGCGCCGACCUGCCCAUUGCCACCGCCUUGGCCGACGUUGACACCGACUUCGCCAAGUACUCGAGCAAAGUGGGUGGCGGGCUCCUGGUGGGCUGCUGCAUGGGGCCCGGGCAGAGGACCCUGUUACUCCCAGCCCAGAUAUGCACUGGCUCUGAAGUCCUUUCUCAAAGGGUUUUGUAGGGCAGACUCAAUCUC